UAGCACUGUUUCCAUUGGCUGGGAAAGUAGGUUAGUGGUCCGAUAGGCAUGACGGUGAAGAGAAACUGGGUCACCAUUGAAAAUCGUUUAUGUCACACUUUUGACUUCUAUAAUACCUAACCUAGCCGCUUUCAAUGGACAGCCACAUCCCAGCGGACCAAAUAGUUACACAGGCUGCAGUUGUUACAAGCUAAGGACCAGACCAGAUUGGGGAAGCCAUUACCUGGAUGACAACUGGUGGGGCUGCAACAAAGGAGACAGAGCGACCACGUCGGAUUGAGGCUGACCAUACUGGGACAGAUAUUGCAAAGUCCAUUUAGGAAGGCCUGUUGCUGUCUCUUAUCCAGUGGAGGGCUUGAGAGUGAAUGGAAGGAGAUGAUUUCAACACAGAGGCUGUGAUGAACAUCUGUGAUGACCUGAUGGCAGACCAAAGGAUGGACAUCUCCUCUACAAUGACUGACUUCAUUCCCAGCUCCACAGACCUCAUCUCCAGUUCUAUCACCACUCCUGGCAUGGACUACACUCGCAAGAGAAAGGGCAGCACCACAGAAUAUCAAAUCGAUGGCUUCUCCUUUGACGAUAUGGACCCAGACAAAGAUAAACUGGGAAGCGACCAACCAGGCCGAAUAAAGAAUGCCAGAGAGGCUCACAGCCAGAUUGAGAAGCGCCGGAGAGACAAGAUGAACAGCUUUAUCGAUGAACUGGCGUCAUUGGUGCCUACGUGCAACGCCAUGUCCCGUAAGCUGGACAAGCUCACGGUUCUGCGCAUGGCCGUCCAGCACAUGAAGACACUCAGAGGAGCAGCAAACCCUUACACAGAGGCCAACUACAAGCCUUCCUUCCUUUCCGAUGAUGAGCUGAAACAUUUGAUACUUCGGGCUGCGGAUGGUUUCCUCUUUGUGGUCGGCUGUGAUCGUGGAAAGAUUCUCUUUGUUUCAGAAUCGGUGUACAAGAUUCUGAACUACAGCCAGAAUGACCUCAUAGGUCAGAGUCUCUUUGACUACCUUCAUCCUAAGGACAUUGCCAAGGUCAAAGAGCAGCUGUCUUCUUCUGAUACCGCCCCUCGCGAGAGGCUCAUUGAUGCUAAAACUGGUCUUCCGGUGAAGACGGACAUCACACCUGGUCCAUCUCGACUUUGUUCUGGAGCCAGACGCUCGUUUUUCUGUAGGAUGAAGUGCAACAGGCCAUCCGUCAAAGUCGAGGAUAAAGACUUUCCUUCUACCUGCUCCAAGAAAAAAGCUGAUCGCAAGAGCUUCUGCACCAUCCAUAGCACAGGGUAUCUAAAAAGCUGGCCCCCCACCAAGAUGGGUCUGGACGAAGACAACGAGCCGGAUAACGAGGGCUGCAACUUGAGCUGCCUGGUAGCCAUUGGUCGGUUGCACCCGCACAUUGUCCCCCAGCCCAGCUUGGCAGACAUCAGGGUGAAGGCCACCGAGUACGUCUCCCGCCAUGCCAUCGAUGGCAAAUUUGUCUUUGUUGACCAGAGGGCAACAGCCAUCCUAGCCUACCUACCCCAGGAGCUGCUGGGAACCUCCUUCUAUGAAUAUUUUCAUCAGGAUGACAUUGGCCAUCUAGCUGAGUGCCACAGACAAGUGUUGCAGAUGAGGGAAAAGAUCAACACCAACUGUUACAAGUUCAAGAUCAAAGACGGCUCUUUCAUCACACUGCGGAGCCGAUGGUUCAGCUUCAUGAACCCCUGGACCAAGGAGGUGGAGUACAUUGUCUCCACCAACACUGUGGUGUCGUGUCCUAUGAUGGAAGGAUCAGACUACACUCAAUCUGCUGCCUCGCCACAGAGUAUGGACAGCGUUCUCCCCUCAGAAGUAGGCGGAGGAAGGCGAGCCCUACAGACAGUGCCUGGCAUUCCCGGUGGCACAAGAGCAGGAGCCGGAAAAAUUGGAAGGAUGAUCGCCGAGGAAGUUAUGGAGAUUCAAAGGAUCCGAGGCUCCUCCCCUUCCAGCUGUGGCUCCAGCCCAUUAAACAUCACCAGCACACCUCCACCUGACACCUGCUCCCCAGGGGGAAAGAAGAUCCACAAUGGAGGAACACCUGAGCUGGCCAGCACUGGCAUCCUUCCUGGACCUGAUUCUGUAGGCUACCCCUACUCCAACCAGUCCAUCAUGAGUGACAACUCCCACUUGAGCAUCGACAUCAUGGAUGAACCUGGUUCCAGCAGCCCCAGCAACGACGAAGCGGCCAUGGCUGUCAUCAUGUCCCUUCUGGAGGCUGACGCCGGCUUAGGCGGCCCCGUGGACUUCAGCGACCUUCCCUGGCCUUUGUGAGGAACAUUAGGUGGAGGGAGAGCUCCCUCUAGCGCCAGAAGCAGCGCUAGAGAGACUUCAGUCUUUUUCAGUCCAUGACUCGUGUCCGCUGCGGGACUGACCAAGGAAAAGAAUCUCGAGAUGAUGCUUCCUGAUCUCUUUCUAACACUGCUUCUGGACCGCUUGACGCCUAUUCAGUCAGCAGCUGCUUCUAGUCUGGGUGGAGGACCUCCAUCUCAGUAGUUGGAAUGCUUCUGAAGACCCUUUACUCUAGCAAUUCCGCUCGUUCUUCAGAGAAACGCAUCCACAAGGAACUCCACGUCGUCUUUUCUUUGGAUGAUGAAUGUGGAAGCCAUGCUGAAGGUUUGUAGUGGUCCUCAUCAAAGCCGGUAGACCUCACCUCUCCUGCCACAACUCCCCACGCAACCGGACAGGAACAUCUGGAGGUCUUUUCACUCAUACUCCUACUCAGACUUACUUUACAGUAUGCGACAUUAGCAUCAGCAUUUGCAUUAGCACUUGAAAACCUCAAGCCGUACGUCGUGUGAGCACUAAAAUAGGAACACUGAGUACAAGACAGCUUCUAUGAAGGACUGCAGCGGCCAUGCUGACAAGAAAACCAGUACAAAACAUUUCCACUAAAUUUACUUUAAUGAGUCAAAAUGGACAAAUGAGUCAAACAAAGCUUUGUCUCCAGAGAACCCCUAUAUACAGUAUACGUAUACACCGCUGCUGGAAAUAAAGGGAACACUAAAAUAACACAUCCCAGAUCUGAAUCAAUGAAAUAUUCUUAUGGAAUACUUUGUUCUUCACAUGUGCUGACAACAAAACCACAAAAGUUAUCAAUGGAAAUCAAAUUUAUUAUUAUUUUUAUUAUUAUCCAUUGUAAUAGAUUGUGUUCCCUUUAUUUUUUUUCUCUCACACACACACACACACACACACACACACACACACACAGCGGGGCAAAAAAGUAUUUAGUCAGCCACAAAUUGCACACGUUCUCUCAUAGGUGAACCUUAACUAUGAGAGACAAAAUGAGAACAAGAAAAUCACAUUGUCUGAUUUUUAAAGAAUUUAUUAGCAAAUGAUGGUGGAAAAUAAGUAUUUGGUCAAUAAGAAAAGUUCAUGUCAAUACUUUAUCUUCCCUUUGUUGGCUAUGACAGAGGUCAAACGCUUUCAGGAAGUCUUCUCAAGGUUUCCACACACUGUUCCUGGUAUUUUGGCCCAUUCCUCCAUGCAGAUCUCCUCUAGAGCAGUGAUGCUUUGGGGCUGUCGCUGGGCAACAUAGACUUUCAACUCCCCCCGAAGAUUGUCUAUGGGGUUGAGAUGUGGAGACUGGCUAGGCCACUCCAGGACCUUGAAAUGCUUCUUAGGAGGCCACUCCUUCGUUGCCCGGGCAGUGUGUUUGGGAUCAUCAUCAUGCUGAAAGACCAGCCACGUUUCAUCUUCAAUGCCCUUGCUGAUGGAAUGAGGUUUUCACUCAAAAUCGCACGACACAUGGCCCCAUCCAUCCUUUCCUUCACACGGAUCAGUCGUCCUGGUCCCUCUGUAGAACAACAGCCCCAAAGCAUGAUGUUUCCACCCCCAUGCUUCACAGUAGGUAUGGUGUUCUUUGGAUUCAACUCAGCAUUCUUUCUCCUCCAAACACGACAAGUUGAGUUUCUACCAAAACGUUCUAUUUUGGUUUCAUGUGACCAUAUCACAUUCUCCCAAUCCUCUUCUGGAUCAGGGGGACACGUCUGCACUGCAGGGUUUCAGUCCCUGGCAGCAUAGUGUCUUACUGAUGGGGGCCUUUUUACUUUGGUCAUUCACUAGGUCCCCCCGGCUGGUUCUGGGAUUCUUGCUCACCAUUCAUGUGAUCAUUUCGACCCCACGGGGUGAGAUCUCGCGUGGAGCCCCAGAUGGAGGGAGAUGAUCUGUGGUCUUGUAUGUCCUCUACUUUCUAAUCAUUGCUCCCACACUUGAUUCCUUCACAGCAAGCUGCUUACCUCUUGCAGGUUCAGUCUUCCCAGCCUGGUGCAGGUCUACACUUCUGUUUCUGGUGUCCUUUGACAGCUCUUUGGUCUUGGCCAUAGUGGAGUUUGGAGUCUGACUGUCUGAGGUUGUGGACAGGUGUCUUUUAUACUGAUAAUGAGUUCAAAUAUGUACCAUUAGUACAGGUAACGAGUGGAGGACAGAGGAGCCUCUUCAAGAAGAAGUUACAGGUGUGUGAGAGCCAGAAAUCGUGCUUGUUGGUAGGUGACCAAAUACUUAUUUUCCACCAUCAUUAGCAAAUACAUUCUUUAAAAAUCAGACAAUGUGAUGUUCUGGAUUUUCUUGUUCUCAUUUUGUCUCUCAUAGUUGAGGUUCACCUAUGAUGAAGAUGGGAGACCUCUCAUCUUCUACGUGCGCAAUUGGUGGCUGACUAAAUACUUUUUUGCCCCACUGUAGUACAGUGUGUGUAUGUGUAUGUAUAUAUAUAUAUAUAUAUAUAUAUAUAUAUAUAUAUAUAUAUAUAUAUAUAUAUAUAUAUAUAUACAUUAUAUCAUCAAUAUUAUCAAAUAUGUCUCUACAGACCUAUGGGUCAGUCUCCUGAAAGUUAUUUUCCAACCAUUUUGCAUAUUAAAACUAGAAAAGCGCUCGGAGAGCUCAGACCUCCACGCGCCAUAGUUGCCCCCCAUAUUGUGAUUUACAGCAUAAAUAUUAGUCCUACAUUUAUGUUAUCUACAUAUUUAGAUUCCUUGACCAUGAAAACACACCGUUAGCAAUUGGACUCAAAAUGAUAUCAAUAUUAGUUGAGUAGUUAUUCACAAAAAUGGCAUUUUCCGUAAUGGCGUUUCUCUUCUGGAUCUAGAUCCAUAGCUUUUGAAGAGCCAACAAAUCCAGAUUCCACAGUGCCUUGGCUAUAUGUAAUGCUGUUUGUUGCAUCUUUAUAGCUUCGUUUGUUGUCUUCCUACGAUGACAAUUCCAAAUCUUCCCUAUUUUUUUAAUUCUGGAUCAUACAGUAGUAUCCAGAAUGAUUGCAUUAUCUGGAUCAGUCUUUCAUAUUUUGUAGAACCAGUUGGAAACUUGUCCUGUAUUUAUAAGGACGCAGAACACAAUGUGUGUUCAUAUGCUGUUAAAAAAAUAAAAAACAAAAUUGCACUGAAAAUCUGAGCGAAUCCGCAAAAGGUGAACCGCGAUGUAGCGAGGGAACGCUGUAUGUAUUAUGUACAUUGUACAUGAAUGCAAGUUAAAAGUCAAAAUGAUCUAAGUGGUAAACUGAAAAGUACUAUACUAAAUACUGUUUGAUACUAUUCCACACAGAUUCCCCCUCUUUAUUCAAUGUGUCAGCAGUAUAUUUUCAUUUGGUUAUCGCUGCACAUCAAUGUACCCUCAAAGUGACGGCACCCUCUCUGGUACCCCUUUCAGGAGAAUGACCCGUACUGUAUAUACGUACACACGCACGUGUAUGCACACACACACAUACUGUAUACGUGCAGCUGUGGAAAAAUGUACAAGACCACAGCAAAAUGAGAGUCUUCUCCGAACUGACUAUUUUCCCGUAUGUGCUUGACAAGCAGUGAACAUUGUUUUGUAUUGAUGACAUUACUCCCAAAUUCCAACAUUCUAAGAACGCAAGGUGCAUUCAUGGACGUCGGGUCGUUCCAGAUUGACUGAUUCAAAACAUUGCUUUGCCAAAAAUUAAAAAUGAUCAAAGCACGACAAAAUAAUAUGCAUAUUUUAUUGGAGAAAUGAAUAUUUGGCCGCUGUUGGGCAACUCAACAGCAUUCCUGGCGCAAGAAUUCCAGCAGCUCUGCUUUGUUUGAUGGCUCGUUACCUUCCAUCUUCCUCUUCAUCACAUUCCAGAUGUUUUGGCUGGGAUUCAGGUGUGGAGGUGGUGCCGGCCAUGACAAGGUCUUGGAUCUGGUGAUCCCUCAUCCAGACCUCGCCAUGCGACAUGGAGCAUUAUCCUGCUUGUUGGGGAAGAUUGGAGGGGGCUUGAUUCAUGCGUUCUUUGCAAAGACGGAUCUGGCUGAUUCUGCAUCUCCAGACAUACAUGUCCAUCCAUCCAUUCAUCUUCUACCGCUGAUCCAAGGUCGGGUCGUGGGGGCAGCAGCCUAAGCAGGGAAACCCAGACUUCCCUCUCCCGGCCACUUUCUCCAGCUCCUCCCGGUCGAUCCGAAGGCAUUCCCUGGCCAGUUGAGAGACGCAGUCUCUCCAAUAUGUCCUGGGUCUUCCCCGAGGUCUCCUACCGGUCAGACGUGCCCUGAACACCUCUCCGGGGAGGCAUCCUGACCAAAUGCCCAAACCUCCUCAUCUGGUUCCUCUCAAUGCAGAGGAGCAUCACUUCUACUCUAGAGUUUCUCCCAAAUGACAGGAUAGCCCAGCCACCCUAUGAAGAAAACUCAUUUGGGCCAGUUUUACCUACUGUAUGAUCUUGUCCUAUGGGUCUCUACCGAAAGCUCAUGACCACAGGUGAGGGUAAGAACGUAGAUCCACCACUAAAUGGAGAGCUUUGCCUUUCAGCUCGUGGGAGCAGCAGACUUAGCAGGGAGGCCCAAACUUCCUCCCCAGACAAAGCCUCUCUAACAUGUUCUGGGUCUUCCCCGAGGCCUUCUAACCAGUCAGACGUGCCCUGAACACCUCCCCAGGGAGGUGUCCGGGAGGCAUCCUUACCCGAUCUCUAAGGGAGAGCCCAGCCCCCCUACAGAGAAAACUCAUUUUGGCCAUUUGUACCCGCCAUCUUGUCCUUUCGGUCAUUACCCAAAGCUCAUGACCACCAUGGGUGAGGGUAGGAAUGUAGAUCCAAGGGUAAAUUGAGAGCUUCGCCAAAAUGGGCCGAUGCAGGACCGAUACUUCAACUCCUCCACUUAGGGCAGCAUCUCAUCCCCGACUCGGAGAUGGCACUCCACCUUUUUCCGGGUGAGGAAAGGCUAAAUUUUUGACGAAAAGCAAAUCAUAUGGAAGUGGGACAUGAAAAGUGAGGUUCAACUGUCUGUAUUUCAUUUGAGACUCAGCCUUUGUGUUCAAGUCACAGACUUGUUUUCUUGCCCUCUUCCAAGCAGGCAGCAGUAGUGAGGUCUACCGUCUGUAUUUCACUGCUUUUCUCUUUUGGUGUUUUCAUGCUCGACACUACAAUGAAGUGUUCCCCGUGUCUAUAUAUAAUGUAUCAAAUCUUGGAAUAUUAAUAUGGUAAGAGUAUACUUUAUGCAAAUAUAUGAGUAUGAUGAGUGUAUUGUAUGUAUCAGCAGUCAAUUAUUUUUUAAAAUAAAAUUUGUUUGUUUCUGUC